AUGAACUGUGACUGUAGAGAGGAGCCAGGGGACAGUCACAGUCCAGAGCUAGGGGACAGUCCAGAACCAGGGGACAGUCACAGUCCAGAACCAGGGGACAGUCCCAGUCCAGAGCCAGGGGACAGUCACAGUCCAGAACCAGGGGAAAGUCACAGUCCAGAACCAGGGGAAAGUCACAGUCCAGAGCUAGGGGACAGUCACAGUCCAGAACCAGGGGACAGUCACAGUCCAGAACCAGGGGACAGUCACAGUCCAGAACCAGGGGACAGUCACAGUCCAGAGCCAGGGGACAGUCACAGUCCAGAACCAGGGGACAGUCACAGUCCAGAGACAGGGGACAGUCACAGUCCAGAGCCAGGGGACAGUCACAGUCCAGAGCCAGGGGACAGUCACAGUCCAGAGCCAAGGGACAGCCACAGUCCAGAACCAGGGGACAGUCACAGUCCAAAACAAGGGGACAGUCACAGUCCAGAGCCAGGGGACAGUCACAGUCCAGAGCCAGGGGACAGUCACAGUCCAGAGCCAGGGACAGUCACAGUCCAGAGCCAAGGGACUGUCACAGUCCAGAACCAGCGGACAGUCACAGUCCAAAACAAGGGGACAGUCACAUUCCAGAGCCAGGGGACAGUCACAGUCCAGAGCCAGGGGACAGUCACAGUCCAGUGCCAGGGGACAGUCACAGUCCAGAGCCAAGGGACAGUCACAGUCCAGAGCCAAGGGACAGUCACAGUCCAGAGCUAG